CUUGAAUGCUUUUCAAUGAGAUGCAUCCAUUUACAUCAUCAUAAAACUUUAAAACUAUUUUAUAUCAUUAUAACAAAAUUUCAUUUAAAUCCAUUUAGUUCUCUUCUUUUUUUUUAUUCAUUAUUUUAAACAAAACAAAAUUUAAAAAAAUGAAUUUUGUAUCUUAUAAUGAUAAUUGUACUAUAUACAUUGCAUAUAAUCAAAGUGAAUUAGUUUAUACACCACCAAUUUAUAUAUUUUUAGUUGUUCUAAGUCCUAUCGCAUUAAUUAUUAGUUGUUUAUCAUUAACUGUAUUAACACGACCACAAGCAAUACGUUUAGGUUCAAUGCGUAUUAAUUUAAUUACAUUAACAAUAUUUGAAGUAUUAUUAAAUUCUAUGAUAUUUUUAAUAUCAUUAUUUUAUACAACAAAUUUUCCAAAUGAUGAACAAAAUUUAUAUAAAACAAUUGUACAUAUUACAUGUUUUAUAUUAAUUGGUGGUGCAUUAUGUUCAAGAAAUUGGACUAUUACAUUAAUUUCAUUAGCACGUUGUGUAGCUAUAACAAAACCAAUGAUAUCACGUAAAACAUAUUCACAUUUAUUUCAACCAAAAUGGAUGGCUAUAUUUACUAUUAGUUGUAUUUUAACAGGAUUUAUAUUAAGUGCAUUAAGAUUAUUUGAAAUGCAUAUUGAUAUUUGUUUAAAUCAAAAUAAUAAAAUUAUAUUAAUACCAAGUUCAGAAUGGCGUAUUGUAAAAGAUUUAUUUUUUACAUUUCAAUCAGCUAUACCAAUAUUGAUUGUAGUAUUGACAACGGUAAUAAUGUUGAUUGCAUUAUUUCGUCAUAAAUUACCAAAUUUAAAUCAUCAUCAUGUAUCAGAUAGAAUGACAAGACGUUUGGAAACAAAUAAUAAUAAUAAUAAGACUGAGCAUAAUAGUAUUAUUAAUACUAAUAAUACUGCGAAUAAUAAUAAUAUUGUAAGUAUUAAUCGUAGUUAUUCAUGUGCAACAAAACAUGAUUAUACACAUACAAGACAACAACAAAUUUUAUUAGAAUAUAAAUUAAAUGAACGCCGAUUACAUAAUCAGGCUAGAGCUACACGUAUGAUUACAUUAUUAACAGUUAUCUUUAUAUUAUUUGAAGCACCAGUAUUUUUUUGUGUAACAUUUGAAUAUAAAUUUGAUCGUGUACAAUUUGAUUUAGUAACAAAUGCAUUAAAAAGUUUAGUUGUUUUAGAUUCAUGUGCUAAUGUGAUUAUUUAUUUAAUAAUGAGUAGACGUUUUCGUCAAGAAUCUGUAAGAUUAUGGAGAUAUGCAAGAAGACAAACAAGACAAGUGUUAACCAAUCAAUCAGAGGUGAUAUUUUAAAUUUUUUUUAAAAAACAAAACAACAAUCAUGAUUCUACAUUUUGUUUCUUGACUAUCAAUUAAAUUAGGAAUUCAGUGAAGAUAAUUGUAAAUAUAUACAUAUACAUAUUGUACAAUAGAAAUCAUCCAAACAUGCAAAUGAUGAUGAUGAUGUUGAUGUUGAUGUAAAAUAUACUUACAUUCAUAUACCUUUUUGUUUAUUGUUGCUGAUUAAUAACCAAUGGAAUAAUAUGAAUGGAAUUAUACAUUUUAUUUUCGUAUAUCAUGAAAUGUAACUUUCAAUGAUUAGAGAAUAUAAUAAAGCAAGCCACGGCCUUUGAAUGACGAUGAUAACAGUGUUAUAACGUCCUUUUAGGCCUUCCCACACUACGUUGGAACUUCGGCCUGGAUCAUUAUUAAAUAAUACUAUUGGAUUCAAUCUUUCUCAUUACGCCGUUGGUGCCACCACGUGCAGAGGAAUCUUCAUAAAUCAAGUGAACUCAUUUGUGGUUGUUAUCUCAGAGAUCAGCUUACAACAUCUAAAAGAAGAUAAGGAGUAAAUGAGCAAAUUAACAUGGCAAGACGAUUAUUUCAUAAAAAAUGAAUAAAGGUCAACUAAUUAAGUAAUUGGAGAACUACUACAACCAUCAUCAAGAAGUUACAAGUAUUUAAAAAUAAAUACUCAAAAUCCAUUGACCAGAUAUCAUCAGUAACAGCUUUCAGUAAGAGAGAACAAACAAACUUCCAGUUCAAGAGAAAAGUUGGAAAAGACGAUGGAGUUAGUGGAUAGAACAUACAUUACGCAAAUCAUCAAACUGUAUCACGAUGCAUGUGCUAAGAACAUACUACGUCGAGAAAUAGAAGCAGAUAUGAAGAGGAUGAAUAACAAGUGGAAAGAGCUAGAAAGGAUUCUUCAGGACAGCUUUGGAUGGCGAGUAUUGGUGGACGUCCUAUGCCCUUUCACGAGGAGUAACAUGCGUAGGUAAGUAAUUAAGUACUAAGAAGCUAAUGGGAAUGAAAGAGAGAAAAAGAACAAUUCAGAUUUACAUCAUCAUCAUCAUUAUUAUCUAUAUUAAAGUUUACAAAGCUAGAAAUAAUACUCAAACUUGGCAUAUAAUUGUUUAUUAUCGAUAAAUCUUUGUUUUCCCAUUAUAUCAACUAAAUUAAUAAAUACAAAUAAUUUUAUUUAGGUAACUAAAUUCAUUUUUAUGGUUAUACAGUUACUUUUUUAUAAA